GCGGCCAGUUUUGUCUGCUAGCGGACGACACUCUGGCAUCCUUUUCCCGUUGAAACAUGGUGCAGAAGGGAGCAAAGAAAGCCGCUGCAGCGCCGGAGAAAGCCGCAAAGGCUCCCGUCGCGAAGACGGAGGAGAAAAAGAAUGCGGCGGCCGCUAAAAUCGCGCAGGCCAAGAAGGCCAGAGUGAAGGUUGUCAAGGGUCCGAAGGGAAGCCACACUCGCAAGGUUCGAACUUCGACUAUUUUCCGCAGACCGAAGACCUUGGCGUUGCCCAGGAACCCGAAAUUCCCUCGGAAAGGGGCCCCCAAGAAGGCCACCAUGGACAAAUUCCAGAUCAUCAAGCACCCCUUGACGACUGAGUCCGCCAUGAAAAAAAUCGAAGACAACAACACGCUGGUCUUCAUUGUGCACACCAGAGCGUCUAAGCACCAGAUCAAGUCGGCAGUCAAGCAGUUGUAUGAUAUCAAGGUUGCGAAGGUUAACACACUUAUCCGACCCGACAUGCAGAAGAAGGCUUACGUACGUCUGCCGGCUGACUAUGACGCGUUGGAGUUGGCCAACAAGAUCGGAAUCAUCUAAACUGUGUGCGUUGUCGCUAGUCUCUCCGGUUUUGAUGUAGCAUCGAGCAGGCCACCAGUUGAAUGUACAAUAAAACUUGAGAGAGGAGGCUGUGACGCAA